AGAGAAGUGGUCAGCAUAUUUUAAGGUGAAAUAUUAAAACGUCAUACCGAAGACAUAAAUGGACGGCGCCUCUAGGUUUUUAUCAAUAUGGUCACAUGUCCUCGAAUGACAAAAGGUAUUAUGAUUGUUACAUCCUGAGCAGACGACCUCUGUCGCGGCUCCGAAGACUGAAGUCUUUGACCGUCUUGGAGAAAGACCAUAAAUGUCUCUCUACCCUGCUUUAAUGAUGGACGACCAUAAUCUUCUGCAAUUUCCUUUGAGAGUUUGAAGACCUGAUAACUUGAAUCCCAACGUCAAUGUACAGAGGGAAUGGUUCCCUUUUAAUACAUCAAUUUUCUACCAUGUAAUUUGUCUUCAUUUUAUAUCAAGUCAUUUUCGUCUAGAUAAUUAUGUUCUUACAGCACAGGGUACUACCGACGUGACUAUGAAAUUUCUUAAUUGAAAAGAACAAUGAUGCAGCCUUAACAUCCGUCAUCGUCUAAAGGACACAGCCUGAUGAAGACCUUUAAAAAUCUGCGUGCUUACUAACAUAAUAUAGAUCUAGCUGGUAUAUAAAAGACGAUAGAACUCUUGGUUAAGGUAUCCACUAACAACUUGGCGCCCAGCAGUCGACGAACAACAGAAUUUAACUCACUUCCUAAAGAUGAAAUUGGCGUUGAUCCUGUCGGCUCUAGUAGUCAUCUCUCACCAGCAAUUUCAACACCGAACACGGCCGAGAGAACUGGUCUGGUUGUCGCACUACCCACACCGGGACGCACUCGAUAAUUAUUAUCCAGCUCGUUUUUAUAACGACUAUCUUCCGUUUCUGCCGACAAGUCGAAUCGGGGAUAUCCAUUACCAAAAUGAGGACCAAGACUUUACCCCAAAUGUCGUCGAAGAUGAACCUAUUGACGAGCUUCCAGUCGAUACCCAUUCCAGAUCCAAAGGCGUCCUCAGGUGGCCGUCGGUUGUUUACAAGAAGCAGAACGGCGGCCGCUUUUUCUACAGCACAACAAUCAGCAAUCCGUUCCUGAAAACGUUCCUGAAACGUUUGCUGAAAACGGCUUCUUUUACCCUUUCGUCUACAGUUACCACCAUUACCCUUUCGUCUACAGUUACCACCGUUGCCUCUAUCGUAUUGUGUGUUCCAGCCAACAACUUGGCAGCUGUUCCAGCACCAACUUGUGCCGGCCGCAAAAGACGCGAAACAGAAGAUACUGGAAUCGCUCAAUUUCCAAUAUCUCCAUCUGAAACCCUCAAGAUGAUUCCGACUGCUCUUCCUUCGUUGGGUUCGACUCUGCCAAAUAACCGGGAAUCCCGUCCGCUACCCAUUAAUGAGCUGCAAAUAGACAGUCAACGUGUUUACUCUUCCAAAGAUGAAGAUCAUACUGCCGAAAUGUUGGAAGAUGACCAGAAAAACCCGAGGGAGAAAAGGUUUUUCGGUGGCGGCAUAGCAGCGUCGACAACUGUAACAUCUUACUUGUUUGUUGCAUUAACUCUUACAAGUACAGUUAUCCUCGAUCCAACUGGAGGAAAUGUUGCCGUUUGCUUACCGGCCGGAUAUGUUGUCUGUGCCUAAAAACUCAACAAAUUGUCUACAUUUACCUUUUAGAUUUCAAAUUCCAUCAGCUUCGUUGUUGCCUUCUACGCGGGCCUGUAAUUUAAUUUUCCAUUAUCUUUUUUCCCCCUCAAUAAAAUCAUUUUUAUUCUGUAAUAACGCUGGGAUUAGUGUGGACUGAAGGAAUAAUACAAUUAAUUUCAAUUAAAAGUAAUCACCUGAAAAAAAAAAGACAUCCGCGACACCAGAACACUUAGAAAAAUUGGGGGGAAUCUCCACUAACUGUAUUUUCGUUCAUCAUACUGUGUAAUUGUACAAAGAACCGCCAUUACCAUCGUCGCUGUAAAAAACAAAUGUCUUGGAACUCCGACAACACCGAAUAGGGCGGGGGUAGGGGAGGGAGGAGAUGCAACAAUAAUUUCACUUUCUACACGAUUUCGAUAGGCUUUACCUAUACAACUGGCAGGUUCAAAAGUGAAUAACAAUUCAGGAAAAUUGGCAUUCACUCGUGUAGGUCGAAGAGUUUGGCUGCUUCGGCGAGUUUAUCCGUCGUCAAA